GAAACUGACACUAAUCAUGACGGACUUAUCAGUAUGGAUGAAUUCAUGCAACAGACCUCAAAGGAAGAGUUUCAGAAAGACCCUGAGUGGAAGACUAUUGAUCAACAGCCUCAAUUUACGCAUGAGGAGUACUUGGAGUUUGAGCGACGACGCCAGGAAGAAGUACAACACAUGAUUGCUCAAGGCCAACUACCCCCACAUCCCAACAUGCCGCAAGGCUACUACGCAGUGCCGCCAGCAUCAUUUCAAGCACCUGCGCAAGGUGCUCAAAUGCAUUAUCAGCAACCGAAUCAAUUACUUGAGCAGCAGCAGCAACAGUAUCAUCAUCAACAGCAACAAUACGCUCAACAGCAACAGUAUGGUGGGUCGCAGCCCGUUCCAGCUUAUCAGCAUCCACAGCCGCAGCCGCUCGUCUAUCAGCAACCAAGCCAGCAGCAGCAGCCACUGCCUACUUAUCGGCACGUACAACAUAAUGGUCAUCCUGAGCAAGUUUCUCUGCUUCACCAGAGCAAUAGUGAGACACCUUCACUUGUGCAAAAACAGCAGCCUCAAGACAAAUUGCAGAAUGAGCAGUCCACACAACAUCAGCAAAGAUCCCAACAACAAAAUUAAGAGCAUUAAACUAAUCAUUCCAAUAUUGCA